AUGGAACCCCCGCAGACACCUGGCCCUGUUUUUGCGAUGCGAGCCUUCAAAAGUGCUAUCUGGGGAACGCCUGCAGGUGAGGGGAACGAAAGUGAUCGUUCAGUGAUUACGGGGAGCCCUGAGAAAUCUACGCUUCGUAACAAAAAUAGUACCAUGAAUCAGCCGAUCCCGAUUAUUCAACUACAGCAACAGACAUUUGAGAAGCCAGUGUCUGACUCGACAAAUCAAUUGAGCAUGUCCCCUACGAAGAGUAUUCUUGUCACGCCCGGUACAAUUUCGAACAGACGGAAAACCGUAUCGUUUGGGGAAACAGCUGUGCAUGGCGACUUUGAACGAAACAAAACUCUGUCAAGGAGCAAUAGCACUUCGAUAUCACCCGCAGGCUCCGUCUCAAGUCAAUGGAUGUCUAGUCAAUCGGAUGGAAAGUCACGACCUCGAAGUAGGCUCACUCAGAGUCUGCUCGAUGCAAAGGAACGAUCUGCAGAGGAACCCAGCAAACAGAACAAGUCUAUUCGUACCGAAGAGUCUUCGGAGAACAAUGAUCUCCCCAGCAACAUAAAGGCGACGCUGACCGAGAGACUUGAUGAUACCAUUGAUCUCGAAUUCCCUCGGUCACAGUCUGGUCAGUACUGGAAGACUGAAUUUGAGAAUUAUCGAAAACGGACCAAUCUGGAAAUCAGCAAAUUGAUACAGUACCGCUCAUCGGCGCGGUCCUUUGCGCGCAAGAAGGACGUUGAGGCGAUGCGCCUCAGGGAAGAGUUGCGCAAAGAGGAGGAAAAAGUCACAGCCAUGGAGCGUCGCGUGACAGAGCUGGCCUCAAACAUGAUGAGCGAGAAGGUUGAUGACGAAAGAGAAAGAUUGGUUCAGGACCUUACGAGACAGACGGCGUUGGCAGUUCAAUACAAACAUAAGGUUGACACCCUACGAAGAACUCUUGAGCGCCAUGGAGUAAUCGGCAGCCCAGAUGAGCAAACCGACUCUGAGGAAUCAGCUAGAGACAGUCAAUUCGAAAUUAACAUGCUGAAAGAAGCCCUCCAAGACGCGAAUAGAAAACUUGAAGAGAGGAACCAAGAUAACGAUAUCGAGAAGCUUCGGAAUCUCGCAAUCUCAUCCGAACGCAAAGUGUAUGAACUUGAAAAGGAAAAUGCUGCAUUGAAACGUACCAUAUCACGUGUGAAGGGCGAGAUGGGAAAGUACGAAGAACGACGAACUGAGAAGGAAACCAAAUUGAAACUGCGCAUUGAGAAAUUGGACCUGCGAUGUGCCGACUACAGACAAAAAAUGAACAAAUAUAAAGUUGCCAUUCACGAAGAAAGGAACAUAUACCGGCAGGAAAUCGAUGCAUUGAAAGAAGAAAUUGCCAGGCUCAGUCCUUCAAGGAGGCGCGUCUCCCUUGAUGCUUCGCACCGUCUUCUAGAAAAACCUUAUGCAGGAAUUCAUGUCCAUGAUUUUGGAGGUGACGAAAAUACUCGAAAUCCUGUGGAUAGAGAUGAUGAAAUGCUACAGAUAAUUCAAAGUAUCGAAGAACCGGACUUUCUCGGAACAGACGAUUAA